AUGACCUUCACGCUUCGCCCACUCGACGCUGCCGAAGGAAAGGCUCUCUGGGUAAAGAUCGCUUUAACGACGUGGGUUGGUUGCCUCGGACCUCUGCUCGAGCCAUAUCCGUACAUUCCUCUGCAUCCCAAGAACCCAAUCAACGUUGCCAACCCCGAGCAGACGGCUUCUAUCGCUUCCUGGGUUUUCUACACUUUCCUCGAUCCUAUUAUUUGGCAAGCAUAUCAUGUUCCACAUCUCUCACACGACAAAUUACCGCCGCUGGCCGACUACGAUGAGGCGAAGUAUUUGAUUGAGCAGAACUUUCAUCACCUAGAUCCGUUCUCAGGUGCCAAGAAAGGAAGCUUACUUUGGCCCAUUCUGAAGGUCCUUCGCGCCUCGUUAAUUUACCAGGCCAUUUGCAUCGUCUUCACAUCAUUGGCCCGCUUGGCUGGACCUGUUGGCGUCAACAGGCUUUUGAGCUAUCUCGAACACGAUGGACACGGUGCAUUUGUACGACCUUGGGUCUGGAUCCUGUGGAUAGCUCUUAGCCCAAUCGUGCAGGCUCUCCUCAAAGAGCUGCAUCUGUUUUUCUCCACUCGCUCGUUGAUGCGCAUGGAAGGUAUUUUUACUGCACUCAUCUUCGACCACGCUCUACGGCUUCGUGUCAAAGCAGACGCCGAAGCUAAGCCUGAGCAGGAGCAACCACCCGCAACCACCAGAAGCGACAGUCAGGGGCAAGCGGGCAAAGCAAAGCAAGGUGGAACAUCUGGUAACAUCGUCGGAAAAAUCAUGACCAUGGCAACGAGCGACUUGAAUAAUAUCACGGACGGUCGGAAUUUCUUGACGCUAGUUCUCGCGGUGCCUGCUGAGGUUAUUCUCUCCAUCUGUUUCUUAUAUGCUCUGCUGGGCUGGAGUGUAUUCGUUGGCUGUGCUGUCAUGGUCGUAUUACUCCCCGUGCCAGGGCGCAUUGCAGCUUUGAUGAGCGGCGCACAGAAGGAGAAAAUGAGAGCGACCGACGCUCGCGUUCAGCUUGUGACAGAAAUGCUGAGCGUCCUUCGAAUGGUCAAGCUCUUCGGCUGGGAAAAGCGAGUCGAGGAAGAGGUUGCGGUCAAGAGAGAAGAAGAGCUUAAAUGGGUGUGGAAGAGUACUCUGUACUCGUUCGUGACCUUCAACGUCAACCAUAUCAUCCCUCUAUUGCACAUGAUUGCUACUUACGGGACUUACACUGUGCUCAUGAAAAGAAGUCUGAAUGCAUCUAUUGUGUUCUCGUCAAUCACAGUCUUUGAGAAUCUGCGGUUCCAGCUAUAUAGGGUCUCCCAGUUCCUACCCCCCAUGAUAACAUCGUACGUUUCUAUAGGCCGUCUCCGCGAUUUCUUGUGGGAUACCGAGCUGUUGGAUACUUUCAACGAGAAGCCCACCGAUGGUGCUGGCGUUGCUUCCGCUAUCCAUGAGCAAGAUAUUGGCCUCGGAAGCUCUGAAUUCUCUUGGUCAAUCGAUGCCACUUCAGCAGGGCUGUCACAGCCGUCUUUUCGUCUGCGCGUCGAAGGCGAUGUCGCUUUCAAACGUGGCAGCUUCAACCUCAUCAUCGGUCCGACAGGGUCAGGAAAGACUUCAGUGCUAAUGGCCCUGCUCGGGGAGAUGCACCGGAUUCCGCUCAGUUCAGAGUCAUGGGUCAACCUACCGCGGGAGGACGGUGUUGCUUAUGCGGCUCAGGAAUCCUGGGUACUAAGCGAUACAAUCAAGGAAAAUAUCUUGUUCGGUUCCCCAUACAACGAAGAGAGGUAUAAUAAAGUAAUCUACCAAUGUGCUCUGACGAAGGACCUAGCAAUGUUCAACUCGGGGGACGAGACACAAGUCGGGGAAAGGGGAAUUACCCUCAGCGGGGGCCAGAAGGCACGCGUUACCCUGGCUCGCGCAGUGUACUCCUCUGCAGGGGUUCUUUUGCUUGAUGACGUUCUGGCCGCGCUGGAUGUGCAUACGUCUCGCUGGGUAGUCAACAAGUGUUUCAAAGGCGACCUCAUGAAGAAUAGAACCACUAUCCUAGUGACGCACAACAUCACCCUCACCGCUCCUCUGGCCAAGUUUAUCCUGUUCAUGGGUCCCAACGGUUCAAUACAAAGCAGCGGCACCCCGACUGACGUCCUCGGUACCGAUCCGGAACUGAAAAAAGAAGUCGAGUAUGAGGCUGAAGCUCUUGAAUUGGACGAGGACGAAGACAAUGUUGGAGCAACAACGCCCACUGAUCCGGAGAAAGGCAAGCUCAUCAUCGCUGAAGAGAUUGCCCUUGGUCGCGUCGGAAGCAGCGCCUACAAGCUGUACCUUGGCGCGAUGGGUGGUAUGUUCUACUGGCUGCUGUAUCUUGGCGCAGAGGGCAUAGGGCAUGCUCUAGGCAUCUUGGCAACUUGGUGGCUUGGCUGGUGGGCCGCUCAAUACGCCUCCAAAGAUCCUGAGGGCGUUUCCGCGCUAUACUAUCUGGGUGUCUACUCGCUCAUAAUGAUAGUGGACGUGGCGUUCUAUCUGACACAAUCUCUUGUGGAUGCCAUAGGAAGAAUCAAAGCGUCGCGGAGUAUUCAUGAGAAGCUUGUCGUGUCGAUCUUUGGCAGUAAAUUCCGCUGGUUAGAUGUAACCCCGACGUCUCGAAUUAUUACGCGAUGCACUCUUGAUAUCCAGGCUGUCGGCAUGUCUGUCCUUAUAAGCACAAAGCUGAUCGCCGUGGUCAUCUACACGCCCAUCUUCCUUCUGCCUAGCAUCGUCGUCGUCGGACUGGGUAUUUGGCUUGGCAGCGUCUACAUCAAAGCCCAGCUCUCUGUCAAACGCGAGAUGUCGAAUUGCAAAGCACCGGUGCUGGCCAUGUUCGGAAGCGCUGUUCAUGGGCUGAUCUCUAUCAGAGCGUACGCAGCUCAGGGUCCGUUUAGGGAACAGCUGCUGAACCGUGUGAACGAGUACACUCGGGCAGGGCGGACAUUCUGGCUGUUGAAUCGAUGGAUUGCCGUCCGGCUCGAUGCGCUGUCUGCAAUUUUCGCCGCUUCCAUCGCUUCCUACCUUGUGUAUGCUUCAUCCAUUGGCCCGUCAGGCGUUGGUUUUGUGCUCGCGAUGGCCCUAUCGUUCACGGACUUCAUCCUAGGUCUUGUUCACUGGCUCAACCAACUUGAAGUCAAUGCCAAUAGUUUGGAGCGCUUGCAUCAGUACAUUCAUAUUGAGCAAGAACCCAAGAAUGGUGUUCAGCCUCCGGCGUACUGGCCGACAAACGGCAGCUUGCAUGUCGAGCGUUUGUCUGCGUCUUACACGCCCGACGGGCCUAAGGUCUUGCAGGACCUUACCUUCGAGCUGAAAAGCGGGGAGCGUGUUGGUGUCGUGGGGCGCACUGGGGCAGGGAAGUCGACGCUAACGUUGGCUCUGCUUCGUUGUAUCCAUACUGAGGGUCUUGUCGUGUUUGACGGUGUUCCCACAAAUUCCAUUACUUUGGACGCACUUCGGUCGAGCAUUACUAUCAUUCCCCAGUCGCCCGAGCUCAUGAGUGGUACUCUACGCCACAACCUGGACCCAUUCUGUCAGAACGACGACGCGACACUUAACGACGCUCUGCGAUCUGCGGGACUAUUCUCUUUGCAAGAGACCUCAGACGAGAAUCGCAUUACUCUGGACACUAAGAUUGCUGGUGGUGGUGCAAACCUUUCGGUCGGUCAGAAGCAGAUCAUCGCUUUAGCGAGGGCCAUUGUACGGCAGAGCAAGCUGUUGAUCUUGGACGAGGCAACUUCGGCGAUUGACUACGAGACCGACGCCGUCAUCCAGCAGUCCUUGCGGAAGGAACUGAGGAGUGAUGUAACUGUUAUCACGGUGGCGCAUAGGCUGCAGACAAUCAUGGACUAUGACAAAAUUAUGGUCUUAGACGCUGGUCGCUUAGUAGAGUUCGACACACCUCGAGUGCUGCUGGAGAAGGAAGAUGGCCUGUUUCACGCCCUUAUCGAGCAGAGCGCCGAUAAGGAUCUGCUGUAUAUGGCUGCACAUAAUAAGUAGUGUACAUUGGACUCGGCCUUGUCCUCAGUGGCAAGUUUAUUCCUGCACUUAUUUUCUCC